AUUGGCCGAGGCGGCGCAGGCGGCGCAGGGCCGGCUCCUGCCUCUGCCUCCCUCCCAGCAUCUUCCCGGGAGCCCGAGGUGCAGCCGCAUCCAUGGCCCGGCUCUCGGCGUAACCCUGUCUCCUUUGGGCUCCGCAGCGCACAGAGCGGACCUGCAGCGGCAACAGCAGCGGCGUGGCCAGGCGCUGGCCGGGACCUGCGAGCGUAUCCUCCUGGGCUUUCUCAGACUCUUCGGAAAUUAAGGAAUGCAAUUCCGCCACCAUGAUGGAAGGAUUGAAAAAACGUACAAGGAAGGCCUUUGGAAUACGGAAGAAAGAGAAGGAUACUGACUCUACAGGUUCCCCCGAUCGAGAUGGAAUUCAGGGGAAAAAAAAGACCCAGAAGACCCAGCUUCUCCUCCGCUCUUGCUUCUGGCUCAGAGCCCUCUCCUUAACUCUGUCUCAGAAGAAAAGCAAUGGCGCACCAAAUGGAUUUUACGCAGAAAUCGAUUGGGAAAGAUAUAACUCGCCCGAGCUAGAUGAAGAAGGCUACAGCAUCAGACCCGAGGAACCCGGCUCAACCAAAGGAAAGCACUUUUACUCCUCAAGCGAAUCAGAAGAGGAAGAAGAGUCACACAGGAAGUUCAAUAUCAAGAUCAAGCCAUUGCAAUCUAAAGACAUACUUAAGAACGCGGCCACCGUGGAUGAGCUGAAGGCAUCCAUAGGGAACAUCGCGCUGUCCCCGUCCCCCGUGAGGAAAAGUCCGAGGCGCAGCCCGGGUGCAAUUAAAAGGAACUUAUCCAGUGAAGAAGUGGCGAGACCCCGGCGCUCCACACCGACUCCAGAACUCCUAAGCAAAAAGCCUCCCGAUGACACUGCAGCCCUCGCGCCCCUCUUUGGCCCUCCACUAGAGUCAGCUUUCGAUGAGCAGAAGACAGAAGUUCUGUUAGAUCAGCCUGAGAUAUGGGGUUCGGGCCAACCAAUUAAUCCGAGCCUGGAGUCACCAAAGCUAACAAGGCCUUUUCCCACUGGAACGCCUCCACCACUGCCUCCAAAAAAUGUCCCAGCCACCCCACCUCGAACAGGCUCCCCCUUAACGGUUGGACCAGGAAAUGACCAGUCAGCCACAGAGGCCCAACCUGAAAGCCUGCCGUCCAUCAGUGACUUGGACAGCAUUUUUGGCCCAGUGCUGUCCCCCAAGUCUGUUGCUGUUAACACGGAAGAAAAGUGGGUGCAAUUUUCUGACACGUCCCCGGAACAUGUUACUCCAGAGCUGACUCCAAGGGAAAAGGUGGCAUCCCCAGUGGCUACAUCAGACAAUCCAGCCGACUCCCCAGCUCCAGGCUCUCCUGGACCCCCAGGGCUGCCGGGUCCCCCAGGGCCCGCUGGUCCUCCUCGCAAUGUACCAUCUCCACUCAAUUUAGAAGAAGUCCAGAAGAAAGUGGCUGAGCAGACCUUCGUUAAAGAUGAUUACUUAGAAACAAUCUCGUCUCCUAAGGAUUUUGGGUUGGGGCAGAGAGCAACCCCACCUCCCCCACCACCACCCACCUACAGGACUGUGGUCUCAUCCCCUGGACCUGGCUCGGGGAGUGGUACCGGGACCACCAGUGGUGCGUCGUCGCCUGCUCGGCCAGCCACUCCCUCGGUCCCUUGCAGUGGCAGCGGCGCUCCACCGCCACCUCCUCCCCGCCCUCCGUCGAGACCAAAGCUGCCUCCAGGGAAACCUGGAGUGGGAGAUGUGUCCAGACCCUUUAGCCCACCCAUACACUCUUCCAGCCCUCCUCCGAUAGCACCCUUAGCCCGGGCUGAAAGCACCUCUUCAAUAUCGUCAACCAAUUCCCUGAGCGCAGCCACCACUCCCACAGUUGUGUCAGAAGAUGAUGUUUUUUAUGACAAACUGCCCUCGUUUGAAAGGCGCUGUGACACGCCUGCAGAGAAUGAACAGCCUUCCCUCGUUUGGUUUGACAGAGGAAAGUUUUAUUUGACUUUUGAAGGUUCAUCCCGGGGACCCAGCCCUCUAACCAUGGGGGCCCAGGACACCCUCCCAGUAGCGGCAGCUUUCACAGAAACCGUCAAUGCCUACUUCAAAGCGGCGGACCCUAGCAAAUGUAUCGUGAAGAUUACUGGAGAGAUGGUGUUGUCUUUCCCUGCCGGCAUCACCAGACACUUUGCCAACAACCCAUCCCCAGCUGCCCUGACUUUCCGGGUGAUAAAUUUCAGCAGGUUAGAACAUGUGCUGCCAAACCCCCAGCUUCUCUGCUGCGAUAACACACAAAACGAUGCCAACACCAAGGAAUUCUGGGUAAACAUGCCAAACUUGAUGACUCAUCUAAAAAAAGUAUCUGAACAAAAGCCCCAGGCCACCUAUUAUAAUGUGGACAUGCUCAAAUAUCAGGUGUCAGCACAGGGCAUUCAGUCCACUCCCCUGAACCUGGCCGUGAACUGGCGGUGUGAACCUGCCAGCACUGACCUGCGCAUCGACUACAAGUACAACUCAGACGCCAUGGCCACUGCGGUGGCCCUCAAUAACGUGCAGUUCCUGGUCCCUGUAGACGGCGGUGUGACCAAGCUCCAGGCUGUGCUCCCGCCAGCCGUGUGGAAUGCUGAACAACAAAGAAUAUUGUGGAAGAUCCCUGAUAUCUCUCAGAAGUCAGAAAACGGAGGGGUGGGUUCUCUUUUGGCAAGAUUUCAGUUGUCCGAAGGUCCGAGCAAACCUUCCCCAUUGGUAGUGCAGUUCACCAGCGAAGGAAGCACUCUCUCCGGCUGUGACAUUGAACUUGUGGGAGCAGGGUAUCGGUUUUCACUCAUCAAAAAGAGGUUUGCUGCAGGAAAGUACUUGGCAGAUAACUAAUAAAAUCUUUUGCAAGGAUUUGAAGGAGUCAAAUAAUGCGGAACUGCUGUAUGACAGACAGGUUUAACUCUGGCUGAACGAGAACUGACUCAGAUCUGCACUUGGGAGGGGUCCACCUGCGAGUCCGUCACUUCGGGCAACGCUGGCCUUCACGCAGUACCAUGGUGGCUGGUCCUACAGUAUUUACUUCUAGGUGUAAUAUUGUUAAUGGUUUUAAAAUGUAAUUAUUGUAUUUGUAAAUUGUACUCAUUCCAGUAAGGCAGUUAGACACUUGAGUUUUAGCAUUUUACUAUUCCUGAAGCGGAUGUAAUUUAAACUGUGGUAUGUAAAUUUAAUAGUAGUACUGUCUGAAUGGCACAAUGCGUCCAGAGGUACACUGCAUUUUGUCAAUACAUAAAAUUUAAAUCUAAUGUUGAUAGCUGUCAGAAAGGGGGUGCCACAUACGAAAAAGCUUAAAUGGAACCAGGAAGAAAAAAAUUGCUUUUCUUCAGUCUAGUAUCUUUUACUCUAGCGCUAAAUAAAAAUUCAAUCUUCGAAUGUUUAGUGGGUUAAAUUCAGAAACUAUUUCAGAGAAAAAAAUUCAAAGGUUACAGCAUAUUCAAAGGAAAGCAUUAAUUACCACUUUUUAAAAAGCUUUUUUUUCAAACUGCAAAUUUCAUAAAAAUGCAAACUGUAAACAGGGCCUCUUAUUUUUAUAACUUAUGUAAAAAAGGGAAAGCACUUCAUAUUUAAAGUUUAAGUAUAUUAAAUUGUAAUCAAGACGAAAGAUGUUGAAGUCUUAACCACUUCCCCCUCUCUCUACAGUUUAGCAAAUGUGGAGAUUGCUGAAUAAUCAGUCAGACUGAAACCAAAAUCAUGAUUUUAAGAUUUCAAGACUUUCCAUAAUUGAACUGGUUAACAACCUGUGCACAAUUAUUCUGAACAGGUAGUCUCUCCCCUCCUGCACAGGAGAAAGAUACCUCAAGUCUUGCUCUUUACCCACAGGAAUAAAAACAUCAAGAAUGAGUAUCUUAGGGGGGAAAAAGUACUUUUUAGUAUCCUAUUUCAAUCCAGGAGAAUUUUAAUUGCCAUCAUUUAUGUAUCAUUUAGGAAGGAACAAACACAGUUUAAAAUUGAAAUUCUAUUCACGUUAUUGUGCAAUAAAUUUCCUGUUGGAUAAUUAAGAGUCAUUGUAUAAAAAUACAAAUCUCUUGUCAUUCUUGGGGAAUGAAGACAAGUGUUAUCUAAGUCAUUUCAUUGUUGCACUAUACAGUAAACAUUGCAAUUCCUCAGUCUGGGAUUAGAGGGAGAACAACUUCAGCUGCCCCAGGUGUAAAACCUUCCCCCGUCACCACCCGAAAGCAUUCGUCUUCCUUAAGUGGUGGGGCUUAUUUUAAAUACAACCAGCUUCACUUCUAGAUUGUGUUAUUCAGUCACUAAAAUUAAGCUGUCACGUCUAUCAUUCCUUGCUAAAUUUCAUCUUCUAUUCACUCAAAUUAGAUAAAGGAUCUUUAGUUCCUUUAAAUUUUGGAACGAAGUUAAAUUUUUUUAAGUCUUCCUUUUGAAAUGAGAUUGUGACAGGCGAUUGUUUAUAGUGGAACUUUUUAAAUUAAUAUUUGUACUCUUUUGUCAGUGCUAGCAAGAGUUCAUGCCGGAAGGUAGGUUUUACCUUCCAGGGAGUCUUACGAGUCACACUCUUAAUCGGCCCCCACAGCGCUCUGGUGCUGAAGUGUUUUCAACAGAUUAAUUAAUAUACUCAUUUUAAGUAGAGACAUUCAAUUUGGUUUUGAAACCAAAAUAGAAAAUUGCAAAAAAUAAUUUACAUCCCAUGAAACCUGUGGAAAUUUAGAACACAAAAACCAAUAAAGGGUAAACAGCAGAAAACUGAGAAUUAUCCAGCAUAUGAAUAUAAACAUGUGUUUUUAAGUAAUCAGUUCAUGAAAACAUAUUGAAUACUAACAAAGCAUAUUAAAAAUGUGUAAAUAUGA